AUGCCACUCCAACAGAAGGCAGAUUAUCAUCUUUUGUCUCCACUCGGACUGGCUCUUUUCUGUCCGCCCAUUUGCAUGAGGCGUCAGUUUUAUAUGCUCCCCUUAACACUACCGACACUUGGUAGAGGCUUGGUUCAGAAGGAAGGAGCGCGAGCUGUAGAUGAUGGGACAAAAGGAGGCUGGGGCAGAUCUAAGGCCAUGACCAGUUUUGCCGUCAGAAUUUCGGCCGGCCGGCAGAAGGGACAGUCUGGCCGAGGCGACUUCUGCAAUCCGAAGGCACUCGAACGCAUGAGAGUGGGUUACAACGUCGGCCGGCAGGUUGGGGAGAGAGGAAGAAAGGGAAAAAUGGAAAAAAAAGAUUAA